AUAUGUUUAGUGUUUAUUGCAGCCCUGAAGAGCGACGCGGCUUUCCAUUUGCGCUCGCAUACUUCUGUUGCAUUUUCUCCAGUUUAUUUCAUUAGUAUAACAAAGAUAAAUAAAUAAAAACAGCGCCAUGGAUGAUAUAUUAAGUCCAGGAUUUUCAAUUCCCAGCAUUGGCCAUGCACCGACGCCGCUGCAUCACAGUCUGGAUGCCGAUCAACAAAUCGAAGCAUUACCACAUCAAGUUUAUCAUCCACCCGCACCAGAGCCAACAACAGCGGCGGCCACAGCGCAGCAGCAGCAACAACAGACAGACAAUGGAACGGGCGUGCCCGAUGGCAGCAGUGGCAGCGGUUUGUUUGGGCACGAACCGUCCAUGCCACUUGCCCACAAACAAAUGCAAAGCUAUCAGCCUUCUGCCUCCUACCAACAACAACAACAACAGCAGAGCAGCAACACAGGCGGCAGCACUCCCCAAUCUCUAAUGCAGCCGCAGACGCCGCAGAGCAUGAUGUCCCACAUGAUGCCAAUGACAGAGCGAAGUGCACCCGGAGAUUCAUCGCUGAGUAACAUUCACCAGACAAUGGGCCCGUCAACACCCAUGACCCCUGCCACACCUGGUUCCGCCGAUCCGGGCAUUGUGCCACAGCUGCAGAAUAUAGUGUCCACUGUUAAUCUAUGCUGCAAAUUGGACUUAAAGAGAAUUGCUCUGCACGCACGUAAUGCCGAGUAUAAUCCAAAGCGUUUUGCGGCCGUAAUUAUGCGCAUCCGAGAGCCGCGGACCACGGCCCUGAUCUUCAGCUCCGGCAAAAUGGUUUGCACUGGGGCCAAGAGCGAGGAUGACUCGCGACUGGCAGCUCGCAAGUAUGCGCGCAUCAUACAGAAGCUGGGCUUUCCGGCUAAAUUCCUUGACUUUAAGAUACAAAAUAUGGUUGGAUCGUGCGAUGUGAAGUUUCCCAUCCGACUGGAGGGCCUUGUUCUAACGCAUUGCAACUUCAGCAGCUACGAACCGGAGCUGUUUCCCGGUCUCAUUUAUCGAAUGGUGCGCCCACGUAUUGUUCUACUAAUCUUCGUCUCAGGCAAGGUGGUGCUGACUGGCGCCAAGGUGCGACAGGAGAUCUACGAUGCAUUCGAUAAGAUAUUUCCUAUAUUGAAGAAGUUCAAGAAGCAGUCGUAGAUUCUCUUGUAGGCUAAAAACUCUUAAAGUUGACUAAUUUUAGAUUGAAAUAAGGUUGCAAAUAAAUACUGUAUUUAGUUGAUAAAU